CUCCCAACAGACCCCACAGAGAGGAUCAGUCUGCAUGUCAUUUCGAAAGGGCCCCUAAUGGAAGGAGCCAACGUGACUAUGAAGUGCAAGGCCGACGGGAACCCACCUCCCACCAGCUUCAACUUCCACAUUCUGGGAAAGGUGGUGAAGGUGGAGAACUCUGACUCCUACACUGUGACUGAUGUCACACGUGAAAGCACAGGGGAAUACAAGUGUUCUAUCAUUGACAAUGCCAAGAUGGAAGACUCCAAGAACAUUACCAUCAAUUACUUGGAUAUGAGUUUGAGCCCCUCAGGGAAGGUUAUGAAGAGGUUUGGUGAAGGCUUGGCUCUGACCCUGCAGACCCAUGCAUCUGGAGAACUUAAGGUGUCUUGGACUAAGGACAAUGGCAAGUUGGACAGUCGUCCCACAUUUGACAAGUUGACCUACUCUGAUUCUGGAAAGUAUGAGGUUGUGGUCACCAUGGGUCCUCUCAUCAAGAAAGCCUCUUUUGAGUUGGUCGUUGAAGGUGUUCCAGUCAUUCGGCGGGUGGCCAAGCGGCGCGGCGAGGACGGACAGCAUAAGGUACUUACCUGCGAGGCUGAGGGCUCCCCCAAACCCACUGUGGCCUGGAGCGUCAACGGUACCUCGGCUGAUGAGAGUCCCUAUGUCAAUGGAAAGAUCACACACAAGCUGACCAUUGUGCCUACAGUCAACCUGACCGUUGUCUGCACUGUGUCCAAUGAGCUUGGCCAGGACACCAGGACUAUUAACGUGUCGACCUUAUUUGAGGAGGUGAGAAUGGAUAAACAAG